GCUUAAUUGAAGGAGGGGCUAUGAAGAGGAGGGGCUUAAAUAUGGGCGGAGCUAUGCAGGGGAGGAGCUACUCAUCUGUGGUGCUGGUCCAGACGUUCAGCUCUCCUCUUAGGUCUUCCACUGCUUGAUAAUUGAGGAGGUCUCCUGUUUUCUGGACCCUGCUAAUACUCAGUGGUUUUCUCUGAAAAACAGCCGAUGUCUGGAUAUUUGGCCAGAGGCUGGGGCCCCCAGAAGCCCCCACGCUGGUGCCCCCGGUCCCUCCCGGGCUGGUGCCCCCGGGCCCUCCCGGGCUUGUGUCAGGCCCUGCUGGAUGCUCUUGUUCGGAACCUGAAACGUCUCUGCUGCACUCUGACUCCAGGACUCCUCAUCAGUUCUCCAGCAGUUCUAGGGACCAUCCAGAUCCUGGUCGGCCUGGUGACCGCGGGCCUGGGUCCUGGUCGAACCAGCACUCGUCCUGGAGACCUGACCCAGCUGGGAGCCCCCUACUGGCUGGGCGCCGUGUUCCUGGUUGCUGGAAUCCUCUGUAUACUGUCUGGAGACUUUCCUUCCGUCGUACUGGUGGGUUUCACUGUGGCUGUGAACAUAUGUGGAGCCAUCUUGGCCAUCACGGGGAUCGUUCUGUACGCCAUCGAUCUGAGUAACUCCUCUCUCACCUGGAUGUGUCGUUCACCCACCACCCGCGAACCCUAUGAUGUUCGUCACCAUGGCUACGCUGAUCACCAUCAUGGCGACAGCGCCCUGGAGACGCUGCACACCCAACUCAACCAGGACCUUCAGGACGAAUGCAUAACUAUGGCGCGCAUUGCUGAGGGUCUGCUCUCUACGAUGGACAUCCUGCUGAUCAUCCUGACAAUCCUCCAACUAUGUGUCAGCCUCAGUACCACAAUUCUGGGGCUCGAGGCUUUGAUACGGCCCAGGGACCAUGACAAGGUGAAACCAAACAUACAGUCAAACAACACAAUGUUAGUACCAUACAGUCAGCCAACACACUGUAGGUCUAUCUUACAGUCAGCCAACAGACUAUAGCUCUACCGUACAUUCAGCCAACACACUGUAGACCAACCAUACAGUCAUCCCACACAAUGUUACAACCAUACUGUCAGCCAACACACUGUAGGUCGACCAUACAGUCAGACAACACACUGUUAGUCUGAUUCAGUCAGCCAACACACUGUAGGUCGACCAUACAGUAAGACAACACACUGUAUGCCUUCCCCACAGACAGGAAACAAACCAUACAGUCAGAUAACACACUGUUACUAAAAUACAGUCAAACAGCACACUGUUGACCGGCCAUACAGUCAGAUAACAUGCUGUUACUACCAUACAGUCAGAAAACAAUGUAGUCUUAACAAUCAGAUAGCCCUCUGUUUCUACCAUAAAGUCCGGGUUAGGGUUAGGGUUAGGGUUAGACACACACUGUAGGCCAACUAUCAGUCUGACCAGACAUUGUUUACUAUGUCAAGUUGUGAUAGUUGUUGUAAGAAGAAUAUUUUAUUUCAGUGUCGUCGGAAUGCUGAGAUGAAAUUUCCCGAGUCGGUCCCUACAAAAUGCAUCACCAUAUAAGUCUCUCUGUGUCUCUCUCCAGAUUUCAAAAUGUCAACGUAAAUAUACCAGACAUAUAUCACUUGAUCAUUUCAGAUUGCACAAAUUAUUAACUAAUUACAUAACUUCAAUUAUUAAAUAGUUAUUCACCAUUUGAAGUCCAAUAACAAUGUCCUGAUGUCAAUGUCUCUGUCUAUAAAUAUUGUAUGUAUGUGUAUCUUUGCAAUUAAUGCACAAUGUCUCUUUGUGUUCCUGCUUAAAAAUGAAAAAUAUAAAUCUUUAUUUCACAUCAAUAUUGAGUAAUAUGUUAUAUUCUGUAAAAUAAGACAUUUGGGCCGUUUCACGUUACCCCACUGGCAGUGGGGACAAGAAACACUAUCGUUUCCUAUCAUGAAUACAUUCCUAUCGGUCUGAUCACGAGGGCUUCGCUGUUUGAGCAUGUUUCAUGGUCAAUGGCUGACUCAUAGCCAAUAUGUCUAUUCAGAUCUCUCUUUGUAUUGAAAAAAAUACAGUAUCAUUCUAGAUAGAUGGUGAAAUAACAAAGUGUUACUCAUUGCUGGUUUCACUAACACUGCUGGGUUUGAUAGUUCGAUAAUGUUAACUAAGUGAUCGCAAUACUGUUAGCUAGGUAAUUAGGAUAAUGUCAGUUAUGAUAAGGCAGUUAUGAAGCAAUCAUAUUUAUGAUAAUGUAAGAUAGGUAGUUUUGAUGUGGGCUAGGUCGUAUUGAUAAUGUUAAGUUGGUUAUAAUCACCGGUUAGUGUUAACUAGAUAGCUUGUUAGCUAUUUGAUAAUGAUAAUAUAAGGUUAUAACUGAGUUGACAUGAUAAUGCUAGCUAGGUAGUCAUGAUAAUGCCAGCAACUAGUUAUGAUAUAUUGUCAGUUAUAGUUAUUAUGGUGAUAAUGAUUUUGUUAUCUUUGCUCUGCUUAAGAGGGAACCAGACCCGAAAACCACUUUAGUUUGCACUAGAUGCCUCCCUCUCUAGGUUAUGGACGGUGGGGAUCUAAGUGGCUCAUAUACAUAUCAGUAAUGGCCAGCAGAGGACAGUCAUAGGUCCCUGAAAGAAAGAAUGACGAAACAAUCCAAACAUCCAAAGCUUCAAAAACUGCACUACACCAAUGCUAAGGGGAUUCGAUAAACUCACUGACCUACCUUGAAAUAGAUAAGUGUAGUUUCAGUUUCACCGGUUAAUAUUGUUAAAUGGUUAUCAUAUUGUUGUUUGUUCGAUAACAUUACAUUAUUUAUGUAAAAAAUAUAUAUAUAUUUAUAUAGAGCCAUAUAUCUCUCUAUCUCUUGUGUCUAUAUUGUAACACUUAGAAACACUUGAUUUGCUAAACCUCAUUUUGUAUGCUUAAAUAGUUGUAUGUACGAAAAUUAUUCUUGCACUUUUUGAGGUUUAUCUUCAUCUGUUAAUGCACUUACAAAUAGCUUUGCACAAAAGCCGCUGCUAAAUAAAUGUGAGUCAUGGAGUCUUUUUUAAUUAUUCAAUCAACACAAUGGUGAACUGAACAAGUAAUUAAACCAGUGGCAGGCCUGCUAGUGAAUUAGACCACCUACUGGAUAAUUAAUGAAACCAGUAGUGAACAAAAUGUAUGCUACUAAAUUAUAGUGGCAUUAGUGAAACUGAUGAAACAGGUUGUACUGAUGAACUUGACCAGUACUAGGCAUACUAGUGAAUAGUAAUAACCAGGGGAACUUCUACUAAAUCAGGAGCACUAUUUUUAUUUAUUGUUUGUGAUAUGUAUACAUUAAUUUGCAGCAAAUGGUUGGAAUGACUGUAAAAAUAAAAAGUAUGACAUCAUAUGAAACCAACCCUCCGGACCCCUACUAGCCCUCAUCCGUGUCCAGUUCACCUCACUAAUUAUCCAUUGAUGCGUCUGUCUAAUCAGUGGCACUAUUUAACUCAAACAGCAACUAAACCUUAAGAUGUCUAAAUGAAACACGUUCUUCCCUUAAUAAAACCAGUGGUACUGGUGGACUAAACCAUUGAUACUCUUGAAUGUCCGGCGGUAGCCUACUAGGGAACGACACCAGUGGUAAAGAACUAAACGGGGGGUACGGGCAGUAGUACAGUUGUAUUAGUGAACUUAACCAAUAAUUAUACCAGUGACGCUGAUAAACAAAUAUAGGUGCACUGGGGUACUGAACCAAAGGUCGUUGGUUGUUUUGUUUGUGGACCACCUGUCGGUCGACUUCCGACAAAUAAGCCUCCUUGGCAUACUGUUUUUUUAUAGACACCCAGCGGUCGGUGGAGUAUUUAUGGCCAGGGGUGGUUCUGUCCA